UUGGUUGCAAAAUUUGGAAACAAGGCCAUCUUUGCGAUUGUUUGGACAACAACGCCUUGGACUUUACCCGGAAAUGAAGCUGUUGCUUUUAAAGAAGAUGCUGAUUACGUUUUCCUCGUCGACUCUUCGAAAGAAAAAUCAAUUUAUGUUGCUGGUGCUGAGAAUGUAGAAGAAAUCAGUGAGCAAACCGGAAUCAAUUUCGAGAUUAUCCCUGGAUUGAUUCUCAAAGGACGGGAUUUUGUUGGAUGCAAGUAUUCACCUCCACUGAAGAGGAGCGGAUUGCGAAGUUUUCUCGCUGCUGAUCACGUGACGAGUGACAAAGGAACGGGAUUUGUUCACACUGCGCCAGCUCAUGGCCAUGACGACUUUCUAGUGGCUCUGAAGCACAGCCUGCCUCUGGAAUGUUACGUCAACGAAGAAGGAGAAUUUGUUCCCGAGUGUCCAGUGCAGGAAUUGCUGGCCAAAAAGGUAUUGGGAGGUGAAGCUGACGAUGUGGUGUUAAACUUGUUGGGAGACGAUGUUUUGAAAGUUGGAAAAUUGACGCACAGUUAUCCUUAUGACUGGCGAUCUAAGACGCCAAUUAUCAUCCGUGCGAGUCAGCAGUGGUUUUUCGACACCCAAAAAGUGCGCAGUCAGGCUUUGGAAGUCCUUGAUGAAAUUCAAGUUCGACCAAGAAAUCAGGAGCAAGGAAUGAAGGCUCAACUUAAAUCCAGACCGUACUGGUGUAUUUCCAGGCAACGUUGUUGGGGAGUCCCGAUUCCCGCCUUAUAUUCGAAAACAACCGGCGAGGCAUUUGUUUCAAGGGAUAUAACUGAAAGUAUAAAAUCCGCGAUUGACACAUUUGGGUUGGAUGCGUGGUGGCAGUUGGAGGCAUCCAAGUUUGCUCCGUCCUCUCUGUUGAAGAAAUCUCCAGAUGUCGCUCUUGGCAGAGACAUUUUGGACAUUUGGUUCGAUAGUGGGGUUUCUUGGGCGUGUCACUCGAAGGAGCAAACUGAAAAACGUGCGGAUGUUUAUUUGGAAGGAGUUGAUCAGUUUGGAGGCUGGUUUCAGUCUUCGCUCCUGACGAGUGUUGCCAUGAGGAACGUCGCUCCUUACAAGAAACUUCUGGUUCAUGGGUUCGUGGUGGACGAAACGGGGAGGAAAAUGUCCAAGUCUCUUGGAAAUGUCGUAGACUCGAAAUCUAUUUUGAAGGGUAGGAAGGGAGAAGCGGCUUAUGGGAUCGACGUGUUACGGUGGUGGGCUGUGAAUUACGGAUGCGAUGAAUCUCGGAUACGAAUUGGUGCGGGAAUCCUCGCGGAAGUUGACAAGGACCUAGAUAAAAGCAGAAACGUGCUCAAGUUUUUGCUGGGAACUUUGAAUGACUUCCAUCCUGAUGAAAUCACUUUAACAUACGAGGAACUCAAAGUUGUAGACAAAUACCUGUUGCAUCUCGUGGCUGACUUUGAGCAGCGUUGUUUGAGGCUUUAUGACGAGUGGAUGGUAGAUAGAGUCGCCAAUUUGUCUUCCCAGUUUUUGCAAGAUGCUGUUUCCGCUUGUGUUCAUUGGAUGAAAGAUAGGCUGUACUGCGAAAAUGAAGAUUCAGCUUCCAGAGUCAGUGCGCAGUUCAGCAUUUACCAAGCCCUGUUUAGGUUCCUGCAAAUCAUUGGACCUAUUGUACCUCAUAUGGCGGAAGAAGCUUGGUCUUUUUUACCGCCAUCGUCAAAUUUGAGCGGCCGGUUGUUCAAAUCAGUUUUGAAGCCGUUACCAACACAAUGGUACAAUGAAGAAGUUCUCAAAGCAAUUGAAACUGCUGAAGAAGUCCGUCGAUUGGCGACGAAUAUAUCUGGGCACAUUCCGUUGAUGCAACAGGAUGUUAAUAUUUUUGCUGGUGACGACGUUGGACGAAAACUUUCGAUUUUGCAAAAGGAAGAGGCUUCGUCGUUCUCUGAUCUGUGUGAAGUUCUCCAAGCAGCAAAAUGUUGUCUGGUGAUCAACGGAAAGUGUGAGGAACAGUUCGGAGAAGUACCGGGUGCUGCAAAGGGCGAGGGAUUCAUUGUGCACGUGAAGUUAGCAAAAACGUCCAGGUGUCCACGAUGCAGAAAAUAUUGUGCUGAGGAAGUUGGGCUCCUCUGCAGUCGGUGUUCAUCCGUUGUAUCUAAGAUCGGAGGUAGUGUUCGAGAAAAACAUUCUGGCUAUUAGUUUUAGGUUGUUUCGAGUUGUUGAAAUAGAAUAAUUUCGGUGAAGCGAU